GGGUAACCGUUUGACAGACGUUCUAAAUUUUACAUGUUUGUUAAAAAUUGUAACUUAUCCAAAUUCAAAUAAAAUGGAAGGAGAAACAAUGGCUACCACUAUAAGGGCUACCCUUGGAAAACUCGCGAUGCGGCACUUCCAAACCCUUGAUGAUCUGUUUUGCUGUAUGAUCUUCGUCGUUUCGGCCAUUGCGUUUUGGUACGUGAUUGCGUGGGUCGUGGGCACCGUGGUGAAGCUGAUCUUUCCGGUGGUGGUCAUGUUUGUGUUUAUGGUCGUGUUUAACGAGCACUACUCCACAGUGCUGCCCAAACUGGUGAAGCAUGGAACUGAGUUCUUUUCUAAAAUUGGUAAUCGUUUUGGAAUAAUUGCCAAUCUUUUGGAUUAUGAAUAAUUACAAGUUACAACAAUAAAAAAUACUGUCUGGUUUCUGUC